AUGGUACAAAUGAUUGUGCAAAACUACAGGAGGUGCCUGCAAGAGUUUUCAGAAAGUCUGGUUAUGUCAAGAUGUAGGAGUCCCAGCUCUUCCCACUUGCUCACUGGGGCACCACAGAGCACCACUGAAUGGCUGGCACUCUGGGAAAAGGAUCCAGUGGAGAUUUUGCUCGAUUUGGGAUUUGGUACAGAAGAACCUGAUGUCUGCACUAAAAUCCCUCCUCGGUUCCUCAGUGGUGUUUCUGUGGCAAAAGGGAUCAACAUCCGAGUGUUUUUGGAAGCUCAGAAACAGCGGAUGGACAUUGAGAGGCCAAAACUAUAUGAACGUUUUCGACAGCUGGAAGUACUUGACCAUGUAACCAGUGCCCUCUCCUCUUUGCUGACUGACAUCAACACCCAACAGACCAAAGCUCAGGACACAGGCAGGGAUGAGCCCAGUCUACUGGAUGCUGUGAAGAGCAAACCUGCAGUCACACGAGCGAAGCAGAGAAGAAUAUGUCAGCUCCAGAAAAGGGCUUCUUGGCAGACAAUGCUGCUGAAACAGAGCUUGCUGGCACCCAGGGAAGCCAACUUGCCCAGCAGGAAAGAGCAACCCUGUUCUUGUGCAGAUAUUGCUGAGAGAGGAACAGUCCAGGGGAGCUUUUCUGCAGGUGUUACAUUGGGCUGUCUGAGCCAGGAGGAAACCCCCAGAGACAAAGUUGCCUCGAUGUAUCCCAUGUCCCAGUGUCUACCGACUCCAUCGGGGAGAGCCUGGGCUUCAUCGCACCUAGUUGCAAAACAGCCCCACCUUUCUCCUGUGUGUGAGGUUCUUGCCAAAGACAGGACAAGAAAGGAGACACAUUUGCUGGUGGCCCACACACUCAGAAAAGUGGCUGACCUAAAGUGCAGGCUGCCAGACUCAUUUGAAAUGGAAGAGAUUCAGAGUUUUGAGGAUGAAACUCUAUGUGGAAAUGCUCCUGACACCACUUCAGCAGAGGUGAUGGUGACAAGAACAAGCAGCUGCCAGUCAGACAGCAGUGGGUUCAUGGAGGAGCUGCCAGAACCUGUAGUUUUGCAAAAUGCACCUUUGUCAGGAAGUAUUGAUUUUAUUUCUGAUAUCCACAAUCAAGAAACAGGUCUGUCACAUAGGACAGUUCUUCCUGUGUUAAAUCAAGAUUUUCAAGAAAAGCCAGAUGAUUCUGUUGCUAAGGUCUUCCUCACUGCUUGCAACAGCAUUUCAACAGUACCUACAUCAACAAAAGCAUGCGGUGACCAGGGAGAAGAGGCUCUGCUGCUGACUGCAGAAAAUAGCAAGUAUCAGGAAUGUAAUUCUGAGCCACAGAGUUUUGUCCAAGAAAUGUUAUGUGACAUGGACAGGAAAGAGGAUAAAACUGCAAGAAAACAAGUGGAAAAAGAGCAUAGUCCUUGUUUUCAGGGUGAUACUCAGGAUGAAGGGAAUCCUAGCUCCUUCGGAUUUGAUUGUCAUUUAUAUUUUAGUAGAGGACACAAAGAGGUGAAUGCAACCUUCACUGAACUGAAUGAUAUAAACCUUGCAGUCAUCAGCAAGAGCAAAAUCAGAGUUGGAGAUGAGAGGUGCUGCACUGAAAAGGACAUUGGAGUUGCAUGUCAUGAAAAUGCCCAUGGGGGUCACACAGGACCAUGGGGGGGUGAGGGAGUGGUCAGCGAAGAUCGUACCCCCAUUGCAGUGAAUGAGGUGACAAAUGGGCAGAAGUAUUGCGAAAUGGAUGGUGAUUCAAAAAAUACAAAAUGGUCCCCCAAAAUGGGGCUCCCAGAAACUCUGCAGUGGGGCUUAGCAGCACAAAGUGGGCACAGUGCAGCUUCAAGCUGUUCUCUGCAAGUGCGUCAUCAGCAUCCCUCUGGCCUAGCAGAAGGGCCUGGAUUAAGUUCAUCUUCAGAUCAAGAGACUGGUAGCAUAGGGGAGAUAUUAGGAGCUAACAAAUCAGAACAGGGAGACGCUGUCCAAAAUGGCGAAAUGGCUUUUGCUCCUCCAAAAUCUGUUACCAUUCAGAUGUCUUCAGGGCUGGAGUUUACUUCACGGAUGAAGGGCACAGGGCAGAAUGCUGCUUUCACUGAGAGCCUUGCUAGGAAAGAUCCUGUAGACUUCUCUGACAUGUUAGCGCACAGUUCUGAGGGUGGUCCUCUUAUACAGUCAGACCCAGGGGCUUCGAAGGAUGGAGUGAAGCAGACUGCUGAAGCCUCCAGCCAAACUGACAUCCCUGCCAGGAAACCCAGGUGGCCACCACUGCUUUCUCCAUCCCGUACUCACCUGACAAAAUCAGCCUCUCUUGACAGCAUGCUUUGUGGCAAAUGCAGCUCACACUACUGGGGUGAGGGCCCUGGUGCCAAGGGUGCGCCAGGCAGUCACUGCUGUCACUGCUGCUGCUGCCAUGGCUGCUGCUACCCUGCAGGCUGCUGCUCAAGCCAGGCCACCACUGAGCUGCAGCUCUUGAAAACCCUGAUGCUUCUACAGGACACUCCAAGGUGUAAUCUUGCUCCGUGUACCCUUCAUGAAAUAGAAGCGAUGAAGAGCUCCUGCCAGUGCUUCCAGGAGAAGCUGGAUGAGAUUGAACAGCACCUGACUGAACAGCAGGCCCUGUUUUCUGACACUAUGCAGGAUGAAGGAAGGGAGGAAGGCAGACACCUUCAAUUCUUACGACGAGCUGUUCGUCAGGAGAUUGCAGAGCUGGAAUUUCAGCUGAACGAUCAAUCUUGCCAGAUCAGGGAGAGCAUCCUUAUGCAGCUGGACCAAUUACUAGCAGAACAAUCCCAUCUGUCUUCCGAGCUUGGACUCUCUGAUUGGAAGGGCGAAAGAAAAGCCCAGAGUAAACAAGCAUUUCCAGAUGCUGCUGACACUACACAUCCUCAAAGUGGGUGCUCAAAAGUGGUGCUGCAAAGAGCUCCUAGCAAAAACACAACAGCAACAGGCUCACUCUCUGCCCCACAGCCGGGGCACCCUCAGUGCAGUUUCCUACCAGGACAACACCUGAGUCAAAUUCAGCUGAGUCUGCCCCACCGGAGCUCUCCACCAGUAAAAAGGAAAUAA